AUGGACCCCCAGGAGAACUACCAUGACUUCACCAGGAAUCAGACCUUCGUGACCUUAAGUAUCCACAGCGUCGUAGACACACUGGUGAUGACUUCCUACCUCUUAUUGGUUCUGUGCACCGGGCUGUGGAUGGGCAUUUCCAUUUAUUCCUCAAAUAUUGGCAGUAGCCACUAUAUGGGCGUGGCUGGGAUAGGCGCAGCUUCGGGGAUUGCUGUUGGAGCCCUUGAGUGGAACACUAUAUUUGCGCUUUUUGUUCUUGGUUGGAUAUUUGUUCCUGUCUAUAGCAAGGCUGAGGUGGUGACACUGCCAGAAUACUUGAGGAAGCGGUUCGGCAGCCUCCGGAUCCAGCUCGUCUUCUCUUUCUUCUUCUUAAUCGUCUAUAUCUUCAGCAGGCUCUCGAUGGAGAUCGGCUUUGGCGCCAUGUUCUUAAAGAUGGUGUGGGACACGGAUAUCUACCAGACAAUGCUGGUUGUCUUGAUCAUCACUGGCACUUACACCAUCACAGGUGGCCUGGCAGCUGUGGCUUAUGUAGAGACUUUACAAGCUGGUGUUAUGAUUUUGGGCUCAGCUUUGCUAAUGGGUUUUGCCUUCCACGAAGUGGGAGGGUACCAGGAGCUGGUAAGUAAGUACUUUGGAGCCAUCCCAAAUAAGACCCAGCUGGGAAACUGGACUGCCAAGCCACAGUGCUACAUGCCACGACAAGAUGCCUUCCACAUCUUCCGAAGCCACGCCUCUGGUGACAUCCCUUGGCCUGGACUCAUCUUAGGUGCCACAACUGUCUCUUUGUUCUAUGGGUGUGCUGAUCAGGUUUCUGUCCAGAGGUUUCUGGCAGGAAAGAGCAGGCUUCAUAUGAGAGCUGGCUGCCUCUUGUGUGGGUACCUGAGGCUGCUGCCCAUGUUCCUCAUGGUGAUGCCAGGGAUGAUCAGCCGCAUCCUGUACACAGACCAAGUGGCGUGCGUCGUGCCCUCCGAAUGUCAGAAGUUCUGUGGCAGACGAACCGGCUGUAGUGCCCUGGCUUAUCCAGUGCUGGUGAUGGGAUUGAUGCCAUCUGGCCUGCAAGGCUUUCUGCUAUCCACAGUAUGUGCCUCCCUCAUGUCGUCCCUGACUUCCAUUUUCAACAGUUCCAGUGCCCUGUUCACUCUGAACAUUUACACCUGGAUCCGGCCCACGGCCACCGAAAAGGAGCUCAUGGUGGCUGGAAGGUUUUUUGUUAUAAUCUUACUUGCCAUCACCAUUGUCUGGAUCCCCAUCGUAGAAAUGGCUCCCAGCGAAACACUGUUUGAGUACAUGCAGGUCCUUAAGAGCUGCCUGACGCCCAGCGUGACUGCUGUCUUUCUGCUGGCUGUAUUCUGCAAGAGAGUGACCGAGCAAGGUGCCUUCUGGGGGCUGAUUUUGGGAACUGCAAUUGGUACUUUUCGACUGUCAGUGGAGUUUUUCUAUGGACCCUCCUCGACCUGUGAGGGAGACCGCAAGUGUCCCAUGUUCAUCUGUGGCCUUCAUUACCUCUAUUUUGGCUUUGUCCUCUUCCUGGUCACUCUUAUCAUCAUCCUGGCCAUCUCCUUAGCCACAAAACCGAUUCCGGACGAAUGUCUUCAUGGCCUCUGCUGGAGUUUACGUAACAGCAAACAGAGGAGGGUGGCCUUAUACAGAGAGAUAAGGUGGACGGCCUUGUCCAACUUCACAUACCAGCCAGGUAUGUUUGGGGAGGCCAAUACCUGUCUCUGGAAGCUCUGGGAGUUAUUCUGUGGCCUUGACUCACAGUCAAACUCCAAGACAAGUCCUGAGAACAGAGCCAAGGAGGAGAUGGAGGUAACCUUGGAGCAGAUGGCGUUCAGUACCGGGUCACGAGACUUAGAGGUUCUGGCCAGGAGAAUGGCAGCCAGGAAGUCAGUGGAACGCCAAGAUAAGAUGAAAGACUGGAGUGACAUUCCGGAGAGCCUCUUCUGGAACAGAGUCGUGCAGGCUAGCGGGCUCGUUUUGUUGGUGCUGCUGAUUACUGCACACGUCUAUUACGCCUGAGGGCUCAGGCAUUG